ACCUGCCGCUGGCAUGUACCCCAGAAAGAUCCUGGAGUAUAUGGAGGGCUUCCUCAUCUCAAAGACAGUGUUCACAUCCUGUGAGCUGGGGGUGUUUGAUGUGCUGGAGGGUGCAGAGCGCCCUCUGUCGGCGGAGGAGAUCAGCCAGGCGGUGGGUGCCAGUCUGGAUGGAACGCAGAGACUGCUGGCUGCAUGCACUGGGCUGCAGCUGCUCCAGACGCAGCGGGGCGAUGGACAAGUGUUUUACAGCAACACGGAGCAGGCUAGUGUGUACCUCACCCGCUCCAGUCCCACUUCCCUCUACCAGGCCAUCCAGUACAGCUCCAGAACCAUCUACCUGUGCUGGCACUACCUGACCGACGCCGUCAGGGAGGGACGAAACCAAUACGAGAAGGCUUUUGGAGUCAGCUCCGAGGACCUUUUUCAAGCUUUGUACAGGUCUGACGAGGAGAUGGUGAAAUUUAUGCAGUUAAUGAACUCCAUUUGGAACAUCUGUGGCAAAGACGUGAUCACGGCCUUCGACCUUUCGCCGUUCAAGGUCGUCUGUGACCUUGGAGGCUGCAGCGGAGCAUUAGCCAAGCAGUGCACGUCAGCUUACCCAGAAUGCACUGUGACGAUCUUUGACCUCCCCAAGGUGGUGCGUAUGUCGAAGGAGCACUUUGUCAGCGAGGAUGACCAGAGGAUAAGCUUCUGUGAAGGGGACUUCUUCAAAGACCCUCUGCCAGAAGCUGACCUCUAUAUUCUUGCCAGAAUCCUCCAUGACUGGACCGACGAGCGCUGCACUGAGCUUCUGUGCAGAAUAUAUAAAGCCUGUAAACCAGGUGGUGCUGUGUUGCUGGUGGAGGCGCUGCUCCAUCAGGACGGUUCUGGCCCGCUGACUGUGCAGCUGUACUCCCUGAACAUGCUGGUGCAGACUGAGGGCAGAGAGAGGACAGACGCUCAGUACGCCGCCCUGCUGGCCGCCGCUGGCUUCACCGACGUCCAGCACCGCCUCACUGGGAAGAUCUACGACGCAGUGCUGGGACGCAAAGAGGCUUAA